AUGAGUACUUAUAGUGUAGUAACGUCAGAUUUUGUAAAUUUAUCCAUCACUACUUCUAAUCGACAUUAUGUGGAACGAAGAUUUCAAAAAGGAAUAACGAUUGAUGAAUUUAAGGGCAAAUUGGAGCUCAUUACUGGUGGUAAUCCAGCUACAAUGGUAGUUGAAGUAUAUGAUCGGAAUGAUAAAUUAAUUUGUACACUCAGUGAUGGCCAACGGCUUUUAGGAUCAUACCCUAUUGAUGAUGGAAUGCAUAUACUUGUAGUUGAUAAUUUCUCUCGUACUCAAGAAAAUCUGAACGAUGUUGAAAAAUUCGAGAUAUCUGAAGAAGAAUAUGCUAAAAGAACAGAUACUGUAAAAGCAUUCUUAGAAAAAAAUAAAUUAGGAAAGUAUAAUAAAGAAGAAGUGGAAAGGAAAGCAGAAAGAAAGAAACAAGAGGAAGCAGAAGCAGCAGCAGUUCAGUUAUGCCAUGUUGGUAGUCGUUGUGAAGUUUCUGUACCAAAUCAACCAAAACGAAGAGCUACUAUCAUGUAUGCUGGUAAAACAGAAUUUAAGGAAGGUUGGUGGAUCGGAGUAAAAUACGAUGAACCGCGUGGCAAAAAUGAUGGAACUGUCAAUGGUAAAAAGUAUUUCGAGUGUUUACCAAAAUAUGGUGGAUUUGUAAAACCAUUGCAUGUAAAAGUAGGAGAUUUUCCAGAAGAAGAAUUUGACUUGGAUGAAGAACUUUAAAGCAAUCAAAGUACUUUAUCAUUUUUUUGUAUUAAAA